GCCGCGAGGUUGGCGGCGAGCUCGCGGCGCGGGGGGCGCCCCCCGCCGCGACGGUACUCCUCGACCCGCUGCCGUGCGGCAACUUGCCCCGGUGGCUUGGCUGGGCGAGCGAGCCGCUCGCCGACGCCGCGACCGACGCGCUGCUGAGCGAGAUGCGUGCUGCCGCGCCACACGACGUCGCUGCUCAACUCGACCGGCUCGCUCCGGCCUUUCGCAGCCUGCUCCGCGCCGGCUCGCGCUACGCGCAUCGAGCCUCCGCGCGACGAGAGGCGGUCGGCCCAGUGCUCCUGCUCCGGGCGCGAGAGUCGAUCCGCCAUCCCAUGGGCGUUGCAGCGCCGGGGGGCCUCUUUGCCAGCGCCGUCCGGUGCGCCCUUGCACCGUCGCCAUCCUACCAGGCGCAGUGCGGGGCGGGCAGCGCACCGCACGAGGUGGUGGUGGAGGGCUCGCACUUCACCUUUCUCCAGCAACCCGCGCUGGCCGCCUCGGCUGCUGCCCAUAUCGCAUCCUUCCUGAACUCGAUAGCGGCUCGCGACGACCUGCCCAGCGGUGGCGCAGACGGCGGCCCUGCGCCGAUCGUGGAUGGCCAGGCCUCCCUGGGCCACGGGGCGUGUGCUGCUGCGUGUGCUUGAGGUUUGUCGUUUGAGCGAUGAACCACCUCUGAUUUAGGUCUCUGUUAAGUUCGGUCUUCUGUCCUCGUGGUCAAGCUUUAGGUCUCUAGUCAAGGUCUUCUAGUCAAAUGGUCCGUGUUGUGUCGAUCUGGAUGGAGCUUCA